AAAUAAAUUAACUGAUCCAUUUGAAUUUCCAAAGUUUUCGUUAGAACAUAUUGGCAGGUCAGGAGCUAUCGUAACGCGUGAGAAACUUGAUUGGCUGAAUAAACAACAUUUGAUUCGUAAAUGCGAAUCUCCAAAUGGAUUAGCAGAACUUGUUUCAUCAUUAAAACCGUUGGUAUAUGAACAAUUUGGCGAACAGUUUAACGAAUCAGAUAAGAAACACAAACUUGGAGAUGUAUAUCUUUCCGAGGUUAUUAUAACAAUUAAA